CCAUGAAAUGGAAGAACUCUCUCGUAUUGACUUGGCGAUGAUUGUACAUGGGGAAGUGGGGUUGAAUGCGCCCUUGGGAUUGAUUGGCUAUUACCCAUAGUUGGAACUCUAACGACUAAUUUUCAUCAACAUUCAAGGCAAAACAGGACAUUUCCUUAGAAGGACGCAUUUCCCACACUUUCCCCUCGCUUAGUUCCCAAGAUGUUUUUGCCUUCGUACCCUUCUACCAAGAAUCUAACAAAAGAAAUAAUUACAUCUUAUUAGCGAGGCACGUGCAGGGGCACUUUCGGGUUUCGGUUGCGGUCGCUCUGAGAUGCUGGGUCAGUUAACCAGAAUUAUUGUAGUUGAACUCGGGAGAGCGGGGGCAGUUGCAAGUCAGUGGCCAAUUAAUAAAAAGCUGGCAAGUUGGACCUGUGUCUGCGUCGGAAAUUAUCUCGCCGUCACGGUUGUGUGUUAUCGUUCGGAGUGAAGUUUUUUUUCUGUGUCUGUCUUUCCGCGGUGCAGGUUGUGACGUUUUUGGGUUCGAGCCGCCAGAAGCGCCAUUCACGGUUGUGGACUGACCGGUGGCGGUCAGCUUCGGCAUUAGUUGUUUAGGAAUAGUUCAUGAAGUACGGCGGUUUAGUUUAGUUAGUCUUGUAAUUGUGCGCGGGUUGUGAAUUAAAACGAGUGGUCAAAGUGGUUCAGUAUGAAAAGUUUAAUAGUGGCAGUUGUCGCGAUUUGUGUGUCGUCCGUUGUGGCUGGUGGAUUCCGGAAAGCUUCGAGGAAUUCUGGAAUGUCCUACAAUGCCACCUGCAUCAAUCCCAAACGGGACGCCGGCCGGUGCAUCCUGGUACAAGAGUGCCCCCUCGUGCUCGCCACCAUCCGGAAGGAAACCCUCGCCAACAGUGACAUCAAUUUUCUCUACCAAAGCGAAUGCGGAAAGUUGAACCGUAAAAGUUUAGUUUGCUGUCCGAACCAUUCCAUUGACGGUGGCACUGCGGCACCGUCUCCGGAUGAGGAGACAAGUUCAUCCUUUGACACCACCAAUCGUGUGGAUGGCGGCGUGGCCAGUUUGGAGAAGUGGAAACUGCUGCCCACACCGGGGGAUUGCGGCGUACAACCGAGCUAUCAGCAGUUUGGCGAGAACGUCACCAAACUGGACGAGCAACCGUGGACGGCUCUGGUGCACUUUGGGAAUCAGCCUUAUGAGACGACAUUCGAAUGUGGAGGAGCGCUUAUCAGCUCGCGCUACGUACUGACGGCAGCUCACUGCGUAGCCGAUAGGGCGAAAUGGAGCAACCUAACGAUACGCCUUGGCGAAUGGGACACUGAAGCAACGGUGGACUGCAUUGCUGUUCAGGACUUUAAUGAAUUCUACUGCGCCGAUCCGGCCAUAGAUGUCCCGGUGGAAAAAGUGUUCAUCCAUGAGCAGUACGCUCGACACCAGCGGCCGCAAAUCAAUGAUAUUGCUUUGCUGCGGUUGGCCCAACCAGUGGAGACCACGUCCUGGGUUCGACCGGUGUGCCUCCCGGAGAGACCAGUACUGCCCGGGUCGGAUGAAGUUCUCAUUUUGGCCGGAUGGGGAAACAACGGAUGCGGUUACAACAGUCGCUACAAAAUCCGUUCCCGGCUGAACGCCCUCAAGCAGGACCAGUGCCGGGGUUACCUCCCGCCGGGCUUCCGGCGUGUCAACGAGUACCUGUGCACGGCCCCGGUCAACGCCGGCGAAAAGUGUCAUGCCGAUUCGGGUGGCGCCGUGACGAGGACGCGACAGGUCGACGGGGUGGGCAUCGUGCACGAGGUGGCCGGAUUGCUGAACCACAUGGUGGAGUGCCACGAGAGCCGACCGGUUGGGGUGUUUGCCAGCGUUGGGCAGUACUUGGAGUGGAUUGUGGGGAAAUUGGAGGAAUAAAAAUUUCUGAACAGA